AUGUUUUCGAGCGGCAAAUGGGAAGAUGUGGUCUGCUAUAAGAAGAAUCACGUGUUGUGUCAGAAAUAUGUCGAUUUGAAUCACAUCUCUGUCCAGAAGGCACUCUUCAAAACACAAACACAACUCAAUUAUUUGACAAAAACUUUCGCCGAAUACCGGCAAAGGAGUGAAGAAUUCAUUGAAAGGAAACUCAAUUACUUUGAGGAAGAGUUUCAUUCGUCUCAAGAGAAGAACAGAUUUAUUGAUUCAAAAUUGGAUUUAAUUAACAAUAAGACUGACGUCUCGUUGAGAGAGAUGGCGGCCGCGGAGUUCUAUAUCCGAGAAUUUACUGAUAAUCCGGUGCCCUUAGGCUUCGUUUACGUGCAACUGCCCGGACAGGCAGAGCCCAGUGCUCUCUGGCCUACAGUCAAGUGGACAGACAUUAGUGAGAAUUACAGCGGAUUAUUCUUCCGAGUGUUUGGCAACAACUCUAAACCCUUUUCCGAGAUCCAAGAGGACAGUGCGCCCAGACUUACAGGUGUUGUGUCGCAAGUGAAGCAAAAGACAACAACCCGUAGUUUCAAUGAACAGUUGCGUCCAUUGCUGUUUACCUCAUUUCUAAACAUAUCUGAAGACAAUCCUGAAGGCCUUAAAGUGGGGAAUAACUAUAUUGUCGGCCAGUUUAUAGCCAAAGGUUCGUUCGGACGCAUACAUAGAGGAAAAAACCUCAAGAAUAACGAAGAGGUGGCCAUCAAACUGGAGCCCCAGGAGACCACUGAACCACAGCUGGUCUUAGAGUUUUCGUUCUAUAGGAAACUGAAGGCCGAGGGAACGGCACCUCAAAGAGGAAUUCCAAAGAUUCAUACGUUUGGUCCGUGCGGUAAGUUUCACGCACUGGUUAUGGAUCUGUUUGGGCCCUCCAUUGAGAACGUACACAAGGAAUGCGGUCUUAAAUUCAGUCUCAAGACAACCAUUUAUCUCGUGAACCAAAUGCUGGAACUGUUUGAGUAUUUCCACGGAAAGGGACUCAUAUAUAGGGACACAAAACCAGACAAUUUCCUGUUCGGCCGGUCGGGCACUAAGGACUAUAUGAUAGUCCAUAUGACAGACUUAGGUCUCUGUAAAGACUAUUUGGACGACGAGGGAAAACACUUGUCGUUUUCGACAGGAAAGGGUGUCAUCGGAACCGUACGCUAUAUGUCUAUCAACAACCAUAACGGUGUCCAACAGUGCCGUCGCGAUGAUAUGGAGGCUUUGGGCUAUAUGUGGGUAUUCCUCCUGAAAGGCCAGUUGCCAUGGAUGGGUGUGUCGGCGGACACUACUCGACAGAAAUACAAACUGAUUGGCGAGAAGAAGAAGUCAACCUCUCCUGACGUCCUCUGCGCUGAUAUUCCGCAAGAGUUCGCCAAAUAUCUGAAGGAAGUGCGAGAACUGGACUUCGAGGCCAAACCCAAAUACAAAGAAUACACACAAAUGUUCAGUCGUUUGUUUAAGAAGAGUGGUCUCACCAACGAUAAGUUGCACAAAAUGAACAGACGAUUACUUGUCGUGGUUUGUGUGGUACUGGUGGCCGCUAUAAUGGAGGUGUCGGCCGACGGGCCCCUCAAUGAGAUUAGUUGCGGUAUGGAGUGCAUGAAAUACCAGUCCUGCAAGUUCUCCAUCCUGGCCAAGAAUGAAUGCGCCCAACCCAAGGGAUGCAACUGUGCCCUCAUCGGCAAAAAGAAAUAA